CCUUAGGAAAGAUGCAUGCAAUUCUGUGGCUUUUGGAAGGGGGGCUGCAAGCACAUAGUAACCCACUUCUUUCUCCUUUAAUUCCUUCGAUUAUAGAAAAAGAAGAGGGCUAUCACUGCCCGCCGGCAACAUCUCAAGAGUGUUAUGCUCCAGAUUGCUGCUACUGAACUUGAAAAAGAAAGUGCAGCUAAAGAACAAGAAAAAGCCGACUACCUUGCUGAGCACUGCCAACCUCUGCAUCUCCCGGGUUCCAUGCAAGAACUGCAGGAACUGUGCAAAAAGCUUCACGCUAAAGUAGAGGAGGUUGAUGAGGAAAGAUAUGAUACAGAGAUGAAAUUACAGAAAACUACCAAGGAGCUUGAAGAUUUGAAUCAAAAACUGUUUGACCUGAGGGGCAAGUUCAAGAGGCCACCCCUGCGUAGAGUCCGCAUGUCUGCUGACGCUAUGCUGCGUGCCCUUCUGGGCUCCAAACACAAAGUCUGCAUGGAUCUCCGAGCUAACCUGAAGCAAGUCAAGAAGGAAGACACUGAAAAGGAGAAGGAUCUGCGUGACGUGGGCGACUGGAGGAAGAACAUUGAGGAGAAGUCUGGAAUGGAGGGCAGGAAGAAGAUGUUUGAAGGUGGCGAGUAAUACAAACUGCCCAGCUAUUCAGUCUGAUCCUCAUCCCCGACCAAGUCCCAACGUUCCUCUUCCAUCUAUCCUGCCACCUACAUUUCUACAUUUUGGGGAUGACUUUUGUCAGGCCACAGUUGUACUUCAUAGUGCCACCUACCAUACAGAACCUACCCACAGCCUGAUCCCAUAUCAUUGCUGGGCAGACCAUUGUCUUGAGCUGCGAAAUGUCUUAAAUGCAUUUUGCGACAGUGGUAGUUGCAUGAGCUUAAAAUGAUUCAGUCCUCAUUAAAUCCUGUCAUUUGGUAAGACCUGUUGCUGCAAAGUGAACUAAACGGAUGUAAAUAAAGCUUUGAAAGUAUGGCUGGGUUUUUAAGCCUUGGGAGGCCUAGGCAUGAAAUGGC